UGGGGACGGAUGGCAGAGCAGUGGGGACGGAUGGCAGAGCAGUGGGGACGGAUGGCAGAGCAGUGGCAGGGGACGGCAGAGCAGUGGCAGGGGACGGCAGAGCAGUGGGGACGGACGGCAGAGCCGUGGGGACGGAUGGCAGAGCAGUGGCAGGGGACGGCAGAGCCGUGGGGACGGACGGCAGAGCCGUGGGGACGGACGGCAGAGCCGUGGGGACGGAUGGCAGAGCAGUGGCAGCGGACGGCUGCCACCCCCCUCCCGGCGCGGGCGCAGGGUCGGGCACGAGGGGCACUGAGGCAAUGCUGGGCUGGGGCUGCUCCAGCGCCCUCCAGGGCCGAGCAGCCGCGGGGCAGCCGGCGGGGCCCCCCGAGGGGCUACAGCCGCGGGGGCUGCCACCGCCGGGGGCACCGCCAGGGCCGAGGGCCGGCGAGGCGGCUCCGAGCGCCCGGGGCCGAGCGGGCAGGCGGGGCCCGUGCCGGCUGCGCAUGGCCCCGCCCCCCGGCAGGGCAGGGCAGGGCAGGGCGGGCCACGGCCACGGCCCCCGCGCCGGGACCAAUGGGAACCCGCCCGCCCCGCGCCGGGACCAAUAGGAACCCGCCCGCCCCGCGCCGGGACCAAUGGGAACCCGCUCGCCCCGCGCCGGGACCAAUGGGAACCCGCCCGCCCCGCGCCGCCAGCGCGUACAAAGCGGCAGCCGCGGGAGCGCGCUCCGCGGGGUGCCGGCUGCGCGGGCGGCGGGGUGCCGGGCUCCGCGGGGCGCCGGGCGGUGCCGCCGGGCGGGGAUCUGGGGGGCCGGGGCGUGGGGCCGCGCCACGGCAGCGCUGAGCCGCGAGAAACUUCCCGCGGCAGCGACGCGCAGCUCCAGGCGGCAGCGAGGCGAUCGCCCAGCCCCGACGCACCGGAGCAUCCCGGCCCGUGAUGCCGGACCCCGGCUCCCCCCGCGCCGCGGCAGCCGGGGGCCGGGCAGCACAGGUACGCGGCAGCCUCGCCUGAGACGCGGCAGGGCCGGCGGGGCGAUGCCGCCCUUUAACGCUUUUCAAGCCCCACAGCUGGAGCUGGGCCCCUCUGCGGGGCGCGCAGGGGUGUCGGCGGGUGCCUGCUAGAGCCGCCGGCCGAGCCAGCGGACGGGGAGACCGGGGAGGACCGCGGCGCGUUGUCUUUUCCGUCCCCUUGAGCCUGCCGGUGCUGCGGGGCUGCACGGAGGCUCCUGCCCGGCACGAUGUCCCCGCCGGUGCCUGCAGACCCGCUCUGGCUGCGGGUGGCGAAGCUGCUGCUGCUGCUCCAGCUGUGCAGCCACGGCUGUGCGCCCCGCACCUCCCCGCCGCCCCACAGCUGCCCCCAGGCCUGCAUCUGCACCUCCGACCUGCUGAGCUGCAGCCGGCAGAUGCUGCAGCAUGUGCCCCGGGUGCUGCCACCCACCGCCACCACGCUGGACCUCAGCCACAACGCCCUCACCCAGCUCCACGACCGCUGGCUGGCUGCCCUCCCGCACCUCGAGGCCCUCUACAUCAGCCACAACCAGAUUAAGGACCUUUCUCCACAGGCUUUCCACAAUGCCUCCUACCUGCGGCACCUUGACAUGUCCUCCAACCACCUGCGUGCCAUCGAGACACACUACUUCGACACGCUGGUGAGCUUGGAGGAGCUGCUGCUCUACAAUAACCACAUUAAGAGAGUGGAUGAAAAUGCCUUCACCAAGCUGAGCGGCCUGCGGAAAGUCUACCUGAGCUGGAACAACCUGACCACCUUCCCCUUCCACUCGGUGCAUGGGCUGGGCAACUACAGCCUCCGCACGCUGGACCUCUCCUCCAACAGCCUGAGCAGCAUCCCUGUGGAGGAGCUGGCGGCUCUGCCCGAAAAUGUCAGGAAUGGCUUGUACCUGCACAACAACCCCAUCAGGUGCAGCUGCCCGCUCUACCUGAUGCUCCAGCGCUGGAAGCAGCGAGGUUUCAGCUCUGUGAAGGAUUUCUUUGAGGAACACACCUGCAAGGUGUCUGACAAUGUGCCCCGGUCCCUGAUCAAGUUCCUCAAAUACAGCCACAUGUUUGAGAACUGCUCAGCGGGCCCUGAAGAUGUGCACCCCUUGCCCUUCCCCGUGAUGGUGGGCCAGACCGUCCUGCUCACCUGCAAUACCAGCCUGCCAGCCACAGCCACCACCUACAUGUGGAUCUCCCCUCACCACGAGCCCAUCAAACACCCGGGGAACAGGAACCGCUCCUUGGAGGUCUACCGCAAUGGCAGCCUGAAGAUCGCAGUGGCCAAGCCCUGGCACUCAGGGGUCUACGUAGGCUUGGCCAUCAACAGCCCCCGCAAUUUCAGCAGGCUGUGUGAAGUCAACGUCACAGUUCACUACCCCAAGCCAGAUGGGGAGACCUUCAGCACCGGCCUCACAACGCUGCUGGGGUGCAUUGUGAGCCUGCUGCUUGUGCUCAUAUACUUGUACCUCACGCCCUGCCGCUGCCUGAGCUGCUGCAAGAAGCCAGCUCCUCUCAGCCCGCCACAGGAGUGCAGCGCCCAGUCCUCCAUCCUCAGCACCACUCCCCCUGCCACGGAUGGGCCAAACCGAAAGGUCAACUCCAACAAGCAUGUGGUCUUCCUCGAGCCCAUCAGGGAGACGCAGAAUGGCAAGAUCCGCCUAGCCCUCGGUGAGGACUUCCCUGACCCCAAGCACCCCAAGGUCCUGCAGCUCAAGUCAGACUCAGAUUCAGUCAGCUCCGUCUUUUCAGACACCCCGAUUGUGUCAUAGCGGGGCAGAGCUGGAAGCAGAGCCGGGGCAUCCCAAGAGCUGUUUGUUCUCCAUCAUUGCUAGAAGCAGGAUUAUUGGGCAACCCAAAUUCCCAGCUUGACUGCAACCCGUAAGGGCAAUCAGCAUGACCCACAACUGCUUCAGUCAUGAGCUCCUGGUGGGUUUUGGGCCAGGGGCAGAUCUGUGUCCAGCAAGAGCUCCUUGCGUAAGCCCCUGGGAAUGGCCUCAUUAGCACAAGGGUAAUGCUGAUGAACCCAGCACGUCUGAGAAACCCUCACUUGAUUUAAGCAGCCAGACUCCCUAAUGGUGACACUGGAGCCAGUGGUGUGCCAUGUCCUUGGGCACGUGAGACUCAACCUGGCGCCACUGCCACAGACCCCUGAGGCCAAGGAAUAGCCAUGACAAGAAGGGCACUGUCCUCACUCAUGCCAGGGCCCCUAGGGAUGGUGAUGCCACCAUCCUCUCCCAGCCCGUGCCAGUCUCUGACAGCAUGCCAUGGCUGGGAGCAGGACCCCAUCACAAGGUGGGGUACGCAUCCCCACCAAACGUGGCCACGCAGGAGGGAUGGAUCUCGGCGCCUGACCAGCCAUGCAGCCAAGCAAACGUUACAAGCUUUUGCUUCCUGAGAAGCUGUAAAUAGUCAAGGCAGGAUUAGGUGAUGCGAUACAGCACCCUGGUCUGCAUUGCUCAGAGCUCCCCUUGCCACCAAGGACGACAAGGUCUCAGAUGCACCACUUUCCCUUGCUGUUUCUCCUUGAGGCGGACAAACGCGCUGCUAAAGCACAGCUAUUUAGGCAGUAAUCUAAUAAGCCUAUCGAUAAAUGUGAGUAAUCCUCUCCUCUCUGGGGUCAUAAUUCUCUAGUUACAUUGGAAUAAAAAUGCCUAUUUUUUUAAGCUCA